AUGCCGCGUUCUGGUAAUCCAAGAUGCGCCGACUUCUGCAAGAAGUUCCUUUCUUCUGCUGGCGUAACUGCAUGUGCCUUCAUGGUCCUGAAAAAUUUCAGGAUGACCACAGGCGGUAUCUCAUUGCACGCAGGCGAGCCUCUCGGAAAUCCCCAGAGCGUCGUGGCCAGCGCUCCCGGGCCUGUUGAGGGUUCUCCACAGGAGAUGCUGGCAGCGACCACGCUCUUUCCGCAAAAAGAGGUCAGCUCCAUCGUAGUACCGCCCUCGGCGGGUACGCAUACCACGGGAGCUGCAGAGUUCUCCACGACACGCGACUUGGCAACUGCAGCUACGGCAACUACUACUAGGGGCCUUGCUUACGACGGCCACUUCCUUCACAACCUCAGUGCAACACGGCCCGGGUGCCGCGGUUGCUGCAACUCCGGUGCUCAAAUCGUGGAUUGCUUGAAUGUGGAGAAAUGUGCAGAAUCCUGGCACCCAGAGAAGGGCAAGUUUGCACUGGUUUUGAGUCACUGGGGGAUGCCCAGUGAAGGCAUGCUUCAGUCCAUCAAAAGCAUGAAAGCUGCAGCUGCCGCGGCCAACCGGGCAGACAUCUUACUUGUCAUGCUGCAGAAGGACGUCGAUCGCAUCUCGCCCAAAAUUCAAAAGCUACUUGACAGAUGGGAGAUAAAGCUGCAUGUCGUCGACUGGGACGUACCCCCUGACUCGAUGUUCUAUCCGAAGCAUGAUUGGUGCGGCCAUCAGGAUCUGAUUCGUUUGCAUGUAUUGGCACUAGACGCAUAUGAUGCUGUCGCCUACUACGAUGCAGACUGUGAGUUUCAGGGGGACAUCACGCCGGUGCUGCGCUGCGCGGCCACGGGCAAGCUGCUGACCACCAACGGCGGCGUGGGCGAGUCCUUGAACGUGGGCUUCAUCGCUGUGAGGCCCGACCGUCGUCUGUUGGAGGCUGCCCGACUCUUUGCGCGGAAGAACAACUUCUCCGUGCAGCAUGGCUGGGGAAAUUCGGGUUGGAAGCCAUGUGGUGGCUACUUCGUCGGAGGUGAGUGUGGCCAAGGCUUCAUGUACAGCCUCUUCUACUCCAGGAGCUCAUCUGCCCAACGAGCUUUGGAGGGCGCCGGGGUCUGGGAGAACGGCGUUUUCCAAGCAGCCCAGAUUGACCGGUGCAUCUGGAAUUACCAGACCAGCUACCAGUGCCGGCCAGAUUUCAACUGCGAGCGCGUGCGUGUCCAUCACAAGCCAACGAGGGAGCGCGGUACGGACAGGAACGAGUGCGAGAAGCUCCGAUUCAAGGAAAAGCGCAAGGAGUUGGCACGCCGCAGGCGUUCAGAGCGCAAAAUCCAGGGCUUCUCCGAGGGCACUUUGCUCCUGCACUCGGGUGGUUUCUGUGUUCGUCCUUCAGACGAAGCCUUCGGGCAAGGUGCCAUGCUUCUACUCAGAAGCUGCACCACUCCACCCACGGAGCAGAACCUUCGCAUGGUACCCGUGGAUGCAGACGACGACGAUGAGGAGUCCUUGGGGAUCGUGCAGCUUCGCAUCGGCCAGCACUGUGCAUACCCGCAGGGCGACGACAUGGACACAGCGCCGGAGGAACCGCGCCUGUCCAUCACAGCUGAUUGUUCUGCACCGCACAGCUUCCUAUUCAAGCGACUCAGGGCCCAAGCGGAGGGCUUCCUACUUCAACAUACCUCUUCCAGGAGCUGCAUCCACCCCUUCGAGGGGCAGGAGCAGCCCAAGGAGGGGACCGAGCUUUUGCUGCAUUCCGACUGCUCCCAGACCAGGCGUGCGCUGACCUUUCAGGAGGGCACCAGCCAGGGCCUCAAGGUGCGGUCUCAGGGUCAGAGAGAGGAGCCGUGCGACUACAUGAAGGGCAGCCCCCAAAGCUCGCGCCCAGGAAAGCCGUGCAUUCCGCCCGCAAAGUUUUGGCCCUAUCGAGGAAAAACGAUUUGGAGGAUGGAGCUCGGUCAGCGGAUCCUGGAUGCAGUCACGCCUGUCAUCAAAGAGGAGCAGUGCGGAGGCUUCUUCUUGUAUGGCGAUGUCACCUGGUGCAAUGCGGCUUUUUCAAGAAAGCCCCGGGCAGCAGUAGGUUUGUCGUAUGGAAUCGAGGAACGAGACAUCUGGAGCGAACUGAUCAGCCAGAAACAUUUGCCUACGAAGCUUUACGACUGCUUUAUCCCCCCAGCAAGAUCGAUGCCGAUGGCUGGCAAGUCGCCGAACGGGACGCGGCGAUGCGAAGGAGUGGAGAAGGAAGCCUGCUACACAACGAAAUACGAGUCCUACAGGAUUUGCUUGGGAGCCGAGGCGACCGUCCAAGACGGCCGCACCUUUGAGACUCUUCACUCCCACCUUCGUGGCAUGCCGCCGCUCUCGGUGCACCUCAAGAUCGACACGGAGGGCUCCGAAUGGCCGGUUCUGAACGCUCUCCUUGCCAGUGAUGAUGACAUCCACAAGCUCCGCACACUGGACAUGGAGGUGCAUUUCGGCUGGGCUGGGAGCUUUCCAGGUCAGCUGUCUGCCAAGGAACAGUUGGCGCUGCAGGUCGCAACGAUGGAGAAGCUCCGGGAGAGCUUUUUCUGCACAGGCUCGACGCUCGAGGUGUACCGGCAAGGAUGGCGGCCCAAGGACAACUGUGAUGGCGGCACCUGCAACGAGCCACCCGUGUAUUUGCCAGGAGGCUUCUCGAUGGAGAUGUUUGCAGUGAGCUUUGUCAAUAAAGCCAUGGUCAAGUGA